AUGUUUCAGUCUAUGCGCCUUUCCGUUCGAGUCCCCUUGCGCUCGGUGCGAUGGAACUCUACAGCUGGUCCGACUCUGCCGCCAUUGAUGGCUACUCUGCGUAAUGAUCUCAAGACGGCAAUGAGAGCAAAGGAUACUCAUCGCCUUAACGUACUCCGUGCCUUGAUCUCCGAAACCAACAACGCUGCCAAAACUUCCUCCCCUAUACAAACCGACAUUCAGCUUCUCUCUCUGAUUCGGAAACGGGCAUCAGCCGCCAAAGAGGCUGCUCAACAAUUCGCCGAAGCCGACCGACCAGAUUUGAAAGAAAAGGGAAGAUGCCCAGAUUGCGAUUUUGGAAGAACACUGAGUGUGGAGGAAGUUGAAGCCGUGAUCUCAAAGGAGAUUUCUGCUAUUAAGGAGGCCGGUAAGAAACUGGAGGUUGGACAGGUCCUUAAGGCUCUGUUUGCUCCCGGUGGUGCUCUUGAUGGCAAGCCCGCAGACCGGAAAGAGGUUGCUGGGCUGGUCAAGAAGGCUGUUUCUGCUUGA